AGGUAAACCCUGGAAUAGCAGGCAGCCGUUUCCAACCAUUCGUAAGUUCUUCCCCGGCGGCGAGAUCAAUCGAAAAGGUACACAAGAUGAGCGAUUACAGAAGCUCCCUCAUGUCCAGUUUCCGGCGAAUCCCUCCGUCUGCCAUUCCGGCGACCUUAGAUUGCAUCUUAGCUUCAAAUACUUCCCCUCCCUCUUCCCUCUUCUCUCUGCUCCUCGACGCAUUUCCAACUCUCUCACAGGAACUUACAAUUACAAUUGGCGGCUUCAGUGAUGAGCAAUGCAAUCUCAUUGCAUCUUAUGUAGGUGCACUCUCUCACCUUUUGAAGAAACCAGGGCUUGACGUUGAAGCCUUACAGAAUUUUGUUUCGAGGGUCUUUAUUCCAUUGACCCAGAAGAAUUAUGAUCGUCUCAUAGUUGAUAAGGCCAUAGCUUCUUUUUUGGAUGUUGUUAUGGAAACAAAUGCUUGGGGGGUUGUAGAAGAAACAGUGGUUCCCUAUUUUAUGAAGUCGGUUGGUUUGACUAUGGGAGGAACACUUGAAAAUGAACAAGCUUCUGAAGACUCUGCAUUGACCACAUCUGACUCGUUUUCUUUGUUUAUGGCAUGUCAUAUAUUAGCAUCUAUUUUAGAUGCUUCUGUAAAAGGUAAUCAUGCCUCAGAAAGUACAAAUGGAUGCGAUUUGCAUACAUUUACAGGAAACUUGGUUUGGGAUAUUUGUAAUGUGACUUUGCAAAUGCUUUCACACAGCCCGGAACAUCGGUCUUGUGCCCUCGCUGUUUUUCUUCCACGAAUUUUUGAAAGCAUUUGCAAUGCAUUAGAGAUCUCAGUCCAUGGGGAGAAACUUAUCUUAUUCAGAACGACUUUCUUUGCUAAAAUUUGGAAAUGCUGCAAGAAUUUGUUUAUAAUGGGGUCUUCAGAGAGAAGAGAUGCAUACUCUAUACUCUCAUUGUAUAUAUCUUAUUCCUCUAAGGGUGAAGUGUGUGAAAAUGAUUCUGUGAGUGGGGAUGUAACAUAUUACUUGAGGGCUGAGAAGGACUUUUGGGAUGAGAUGAAGAAAGGCUUGGUUGACAAAGAACACAUAGUGAGAAAACAAUCAUUAUAUAUAUUGAAGAGCACAGCUAUUACCUGUGAGACAAAGCAAAAAACUAGUGUUUCGGAGACAACAUCAAACUCUCAUGGUUUGACCAAAAGGGAGCGGUGGGCUAACAAGGAAGCCAAAACUCUUGGUAUAGAGAAUUUAUGUGAUUCGAUUGAUUCUGAUUCAACAAGUCAGAGGAAAUGGGGCGCAUUUUUUCUUUUGUAUGAAAUGCUUGAGGAGUAUGGUACUCAUCUUGUUGAGGCUGCAUGGAAUUAUCAGAUGAAUUUGUUGCUUCACACAUCUCAUCCUUGUGAUAAUCCCAUAAAGCCUGUUGAUCCAAUGGAAACAUUAGAAGAUAUGUUUGACUGGUUAGCUGUAUUGUGGCAACGGGGCCUUUGCCAUGAUAAUCCUCAAGUACGGGGUUUAAUCAUGCAGUCAGUUUUCGGGAUAGAGUGGAAGAACCAUGGAAAUUAUGCAAAAUUUGUUCCCAGAAGUUUUGUACUUGGUCCUUUCAUGCAAGGGUUGAAUGAUCCUAUCCACCACAAAGAAUUCGGACUCAAGGGAGUCUACUCUUCAAGGACAAUUGAAGGUGCUAGCAUAUUCAUGCAGCAAUAUACUGCGUGCCUAAGUGAAGGGGAGCAGAUGCCGUUUGUGAGCAAUCUUGCUUCUCUUGUGAAAAAUUACUCUUUUGGCCGAGCCGGGCUGAUGAGUCUUGCUGAAUGUGUGGCGGCUGCUGCUGCUGGCCAGAAUGAAGUGGGACUAUCUGAUGAAGAUUGUACUUACAAUGAUAAGGCGGCAUUACUUGAUGUUUUCAGGUUUAUUAUUGAGAGCAGCAAACAACAUUUUAAUCCUAAUUAUCGCCGUCAAGUGUGUGGAAAGAUUCUGGAUGCUACUGUUUCAGUGAUGUCAUCAUCGGAUGUUCCUUUUGAGACUCUUGUUCACUUUAUUUCAUCUUUCCCACCAGACUUUCUUAAUUAUGGUGGUUUAUUAAGAGAAAAAGUGCAGGAAUGGAUUCGAGGUUAUGAAAGGAAAGCUUUUAAUGGUGUCAAGCUCAUGAAAAAGCUUAAUGAAUUCCCUAUAAGUUUUAUAAAGCAUAAUAAUCACCCAACCAGUGAUAUAGUUAAUUAUGAUGAUGAAGACCUGGAAACGUGGGAGCUUCAAGCAAAAAGAUGGGCACAGACAUUGUUUCUUAUAAUACAAGAAGAACAUCAAUUAGAUUCUCAAUUGCAGUUUAUUCAUACGCAUGGCAAUGACCUCUGCAAGAUGAAUGUUAACGGAGAGUGGUUACCAGUAAAAUAUAUGAUUCUCAUCUUGAGUAUCAUUGAAGAACUCCACGAAAUGAAUAACAGAAAAGUUGUUAACGCAUCCAUUAUCGUUAAAAACUUCACUGAAUCGUUCACCUUCAUAUUGGAGGAACUGGCAUCAUAUACGAAACGAACGUGCUCUGUUUUUUGGUCUGAGGAAUGUGGGGACACAAACCUACCUUCAUCCAUUAAGGGGAGGCUAGGUGGACUUAGUCAACGGCGAUUGCCAUCUUCUAAAACUACUGCUGUAUUACAAGCUAUAAUAUCAGUCAAGACUCUUGCAUCUAUCGCUUUGUAUUGUGCACAAUUUAAAGAAGACAAGUCUUUCUUUUCUGCUCUAGAUGUUCUCUGGCAACUCUCCUGGAAGAUUAUUUCUUGCCCAACAAGUAACUCAGAGACUAAAGCAGAAAUCUACCUAGGAGGAUAUGAAGCAUUACAUUUUAUUUUGAAAUCACUUGUUUUAAUGCCUUCUUCUUCUUCUUCUUCAGCAUUAUCUCUUUUAACUAGACCUUAUAAUAACUCAGAAGUCAAACCACAUAUAGAUUACUUCGUUCAGAUAUUUCUCGGGAACAUUAACAAUCUCAUUGAAGCUGGAUAUUUGACACGUGCACGAAGAGCAAUAUUAAUUGAUUGGAAGUGGAUGUGCCUGGAAUCCCUGUUGUUGGUCCCGCAAAGAGGAGGAGUUUACACCCAGAAUUGUGAUUAUUUCUUUUCAGAUGCCGUGGUCAAAAGGAUAUUCAGUGAUUUAGUUGACAGCCUUGAAAAUGCUGGUGAAGGUUCUGUUUUACCCAUGCUAAGAUCGGUGAGACUGGCACUGGAUUUUUUUGCAGUUUCAUCUUGUGAUGGGAUUGAUGUCCAGAUGAUGUGGCAUUUGGUCCGUUCCUCAUGGUUAUUACACGUCAGCUGUAAUAAACGAAGGGUUGCACCUAUUGCUGCACUUUUAUCUUCAGUUUUACAUGAUUCAGUGUUUUGUGAUAUGGACAUGCAUGAACAUAACAACAUACCUGGACCUUUAAAGUGGUUUGUUGAGAAACUUGUUGAAGAAGGAACAAGAAGUCCACGCACCAUACGUCUUGCAGCAUUGCAUUUAACAGGGCUGUGGCUCUCACAUCCGAGUGCAAUAAAGUACUACAUGAAAGAGUUAAAACUGUUAACUCUUUAUGGCUCUGUUGCUUUUGAUGAGGAUUUCGAAGCCGAAGUGACUGAAAAUCAUGAUGCAAGGACUGAAGUAUCAAUCUUGUCAUCAAGUUCUGACCCAGAGUUAACUGAGGUAUUUAUCAACACGGAACUUUAUGCAAGGGUAUCUGUUGCUGUUAUGUUCAACAAGCUAGCAGAUAUGGCUCAUGCAACAGGCUCAAAAAAUGAAGUUGAGAACAGUCAUGCUUCCCUACAAUCUGGAAAACUGUUCCUGCUUGAGCUCUUACAGUCUGUGGUGUCCGACACUGACCUUGCAAAGGAGUUAUAUAAAAAGUACAGUGCGACUCAUAGGCGGAAAGUUCGUGCUUGGCAAAUGAUUUGUAUAUUGUCUCGAUUUGUUGAUGAAGAUAUAAUAUCCCAAGUUAUGGAUCACUUACAUACUGCCCUUUAUAGAAACAAUAUGCCCGGUGUUCGACAGUACAUGGAAACAUUUGCAAUUCAUGUAUAUUUGAAGUUCCCCUUGCUGGUGGGUGAACAAUUAGUUCCAAUGGUUCGGAAAUAUGAUAUGAGAACUCAGGCUCUGUCAUCGUACGUAUUUAUAGCAGCAAAUGUCAUUUUACAUGCAACUAAAGAUACUCAAUCAAGACAUUUGGAUGAAUUGCUUCCACCUAUUGUUCCCCUGCUGACAUCACAUCACCACAGUUUACGUGGUUUUACUCAGUUAUUAGUAUACCAAGUUCUUUCCAAAUUGUUGCCUAGUAUUAAUUCUUAUGCCAAUGGAACACUUCCCUUGGAGAAAAGGUGUUUUAUGGAGUUAAAAUCUUAUUUAGAAGUGAACUCUGACUGUGCACGGUUGCGCGUAUCAAUGGAAGUUCAUCUCGAUGCUUUUGAUCCAAACAAAUCCAUAACGCCAGCUGGAAUUUUCAGUAACCGAGUUGAUGACAUUGAAUUUGAAUGUGCUCAUGUAUCCCUCUUAGAACGUGUGAUUGACUUUCUAAAUGAUGUGAGAAAGGACCUUAGAUAUUCAAUGGCUCAAGAUGCAGCACAGCUGAAAAGCGAGCAGAUGCAUAUGCAAGAUCCCGAGUCAACCAGCCAACUCAAAGAGGAAACGACUGCAAAAAUGAAAAAUGAUUUGUCUUUGGAUUUCCAGAAAAAAGUUGUCAUCUCCAAACACGAGAAACAAGAUUCACACUUUAAUGACGCUUAUAAUUCACUUUUGGAUGUUGAGAAAGAGGACGUGCUUCUUGAUCAGUCAAUGAGAGCGAGAAAUAUUGCAAUGGGAAAACUUAAAGCAGGUCGACAACAAAUCAUUCUUGUAGCUUCAUUAGUUGAUCGCGUGCCUAACCUUGCCGGAUUGGCACGCACAUGUGAGGUAUUUAAAGCAGCAAGUUUAGUGGUUGACAACGUAAACAUUCUGCACGAUAAGCAAUUUCAACUUAUCAGUGUGACAGCAGAGAAGUGGGUUCCCAUAAUAGAGGUACCUGUAAGCAACGUCAAGGGUUACUUGGAGAAGAAGAAACAAGAGGGCUUCUCUAUCCUGGGCUUGGAGCAAACAGCUAACAGUGUUGCUCUAGACCAAUAUGUUUUCCCCAAAAAGACGGUUUUGGUUGUUGGUAGAGAAAAAGAGGGUAUCCCAGUGGAGUUGAUUCAUAUACUUGAUGGUUGCAUUGAAAUCCCUCAGCUGGGAGUUGUAAGAUCACUCAAUGUUCAUGUCAGUGGCGCCAUAGCGUUAUGGGAGUAUACUCGACAGCAAAGAGCAUGAAACUCUCGACAUAUCCAAUUAUGUCAUCUGGAAAUGAGUUUGUUAUGUUUACGUCCAACUAUUUAUAACGUUUCACAAGAACUAAAAGGAUCUUCCCCUUUCAAACCCAGGUUUGCCUUUGCUAAUGGUUCCACCCCAUUUUACGCUAAUCUUCUACUAACCUUAUGAACCCAAUCCAGCUAAGUGAAUAUACGGAUUUUAUGUAUAAAAUAAUCAUGAUAUUAUUUUUAACUUUUUUAUAUGUGUUGAACUAUUACGGAAUACAGAUGACAUUUUUUCCUAUCAAAAAAUCAAAAGAUUAAAUGAAAA